AUGGCCAACUUUUUGCGACAAGCCAUACAAUUCAUAGAGAAAGGAACCAGUAUACCUGCGAGAAAGAAGAUCCAUAGAGAUCUUGAUCAGAGAGCUGCAGCAAUAGUGCAAAUCAGUAAUACAUUGGCGUUCCGCAAAGGGGCAGUUAUUGAGUAG